GAUCCUCCUGUCCUGCAUUUAGAAUAUUAUUUGUUCUCCUUGGAACUGAAUUGUCAUUGAAUUUUAGUCGUCACCCACAAUGGAGGAGUCCCCCCUGAAGCAUCACUGGAUUCCAUGAGCAACCUAUGAAACAACCAAGGCACUACGUUGGUAAAUCCUCGGGUCAUGCUGGGCGACAAUGAUAACGUUUCAUAUUCAUUGAUCUGACUACGGGUAUGGUAGGGUGACUUAGUUCAUGGUAAGUUCGAUGCGAAUGCCAUAAAGUGCUCCAAGAUAUCGUCGCUGUCAGUGACUUGUAUCCAUCGACUGUAGGAUUUGUAAUCCGUAUUGCUCAACAUUGGAAACUACGAAACAUGAACAAAUGUCUUGACUCGUAUAGGGAUGCUUCCAAUCUCCCUUCUCGACAAAAAAAUGAGGGCAGUUUUCCAUGCAAUUAACAAUGACCAUGCCACCAAAUAUGCCAUGACAAAUAAAGCUUCACCAUCAUCAUCAUCACCUCCCAAGCUUCUUCCAUUCAGCUGUUCCUCUCCCUCUGCAGGCAUGGCUUUUCGGAUCCCCCAGUCGUCUCUCUCCCUCCUCCUCGCUCUAUUGGCUUCUUUCCUUGCUCAGGUUUCAAACUCGGAAGCCUCACCUGCCAACACGACCGAUAUGUAUGCCUUCUGCUCAGAUAAGAUCCAGAGCUGUAAUGCAUCCCUCUAUUACAGCAGCAACGGUCUCUCCACAGAUGAGAUCGCAUCCCUCUACUCUGUCAAGCUGUCGCAGAUAUCAAACUUCACGCACCAGAACAAGCAGGACUACCUCAUCCAAGUGCCCUGCUCUUGCCAAACUGUUGACGGGAUCAAGGGGUACUUCUAUAACACGUCCUACACCAUCCUAGAUGGGGACACGUUCUACAACGUGUCGUCCAAGAAGUACAAUGGUCAGGCUUAUGAGGAAGGAGACGAACAGAAGAUAUUCAACGUGAAUGCAGUGGUCACAAUUUAUCUCAUGUGCGGGUGUAUCAAGAAUGAUGACCAGGAGGUUGUGACCUACACGGUUCAGCCGUCGGACACGCUAUUGACCAUUGCAAGUAUGCUGUCCUCAGUAAUGAGCAACAUCCAGAGCUUGAGCCGGAUCCUCAAUUUUAAUGAGGACCAGAAUUUUAUCCUCCCUGGUUGGGUGUUAUUCGUGCCGAUGGAGCUAAAGGGUCUCCCUCCUCCAAAGAAAGGCAAGCGAAAUACCCACAAGUGGGUGAUAAUAACAGCCAUUUUAUCGACCGUAACCUUUCUUUCGAUCCUCACAUUGAUCAUCAUUGUCAAACUACGUCGGUCCCAUCAGGACAGCGAAGAAGACCCGAAAAUCAGAUCAAGAAGCAUGACUGCCAACAAAGCCGCUUCAUUUCAAACGCAGCAUCUGAAAAAAGAUGGCAUGGACGAUUUAUCCGCUUUUGGAUCUGAAAGGCCAAUAGUAUUUACCCUUGAGGAGAUCGAGGAUGCCACUAGUGACUUUGCUGAGAGCAAGAAGAUUGGAGAGGGAGGAUACGGGAGCGUCUACUUUGGAGUACUAGUAGGAGGGCAGGAGGUAGCGGUAAAGAAGAUGAGAUCGAGCAAGUCCAAGGAGUUCCUUGCAGAGCUUAAAGUCUUGGUCAAGAUCCAUCACAUAAAUGUGGUGGAGCUGUUAGGAUAUGCUAGCGGAGAAGAUCACCUUUACUUAGUUUACGAGUAUGUUCAGAACGGGUCUCUCAACGACCAUCUUCAUGAUCCCUUGCUUAAAGGCCAUCAGCCUCUCUCUUGGACUGCUAGAACUCAAAUCGCUCUUGAUGCUGCAAAAGGUAUUGAGUAUAUCCAUGAUCACACCAAGGCUCGUUAUGUGCACCGUGAUAUAAAGACGAGCAACAUUCUACUUGAUGAGGGGCUAAGAGCAAAGGUAGCAGAUUUUGGAUUGGCAAAGCUUGUGGGGAGAACAAACGAGGAAGAUCUCAUUGCUACACGACUCGUCGGCACACCAGGAUAUCUUCCUCCCGAGUCCGUGAAGGAACUCCAGGUGACUCCCAAAACCGACGUGUUUGCAUUUGGAGUCGUUUUGGCAGAGCUAAUAACGGGUCAGAGAGCACUGACUCGAGACAAUAAUGAGCCCCCCAAAUUGAAAUCACUAAUCACAGUGGUAAAUAAGAUUUUUCGAGAAGAGGACCCAGAAUCCGCUUUAGAAGCUGUGGUGGAUGGGAACCUUCGGGGAAGCUAUCCCAUGGAGGAUGUCUGUAAGAUGGCAGAAAUAGCUGAGUGGUGUUUGAGUGAAGAUCCAGCGAACCGACCCGAAAUGCGCGAGGUCGUACAGACUAUAUCUCAGAUCAUGACAUCCUCGGUCGAGUGGGAAGCUUCCUUGGGAGGGAAUAGCCAAGUUUUCAGUGGCCUGUUAGGAAGAUGAAAGAAACAGUGUAAUCCUGACAUUUUUAUGGGAUUCAUAUAACUCAUGAGUUAACUGUGUCAUAUAGCUUAAUUUUUUGAUUCAUUGAGUAGGUUCUGCAUUUCGAAAUGUCCAUGAGUCUUUUUGCAAACCCCCCAACUUAUCGUGGUAAGGUUUCUUAAUC